CCCACGACCACACGGUUAAAAGCCGUGCGCUCUACCGGCUGAGCUAAGACGGCUGUGCGAUCUCUUCCUCCAAUUCAUUAUAGAAAGACAAGAUAGCGGAUGUAGGCUUCGCAACUCUCAACAAUACAACAUUCUUACAGAGAGCACGAUCCAAGGAUCUUCGGUGGUUCAACAAUGGCGGAAGUUUCAGAUUCCGAACCUCCAAAAUCUGAAACAUCUCAAGUACAAGAACCAGCAUCCGAUUUCGAUCCCAAAACCAUGCGAAAAACCAAACCUGGGUUAAAACGGCUCGUGCUGACCCUUUCAGUCCUCUUCUCCUUCGUCCUAGGCUUCCCUUUCUUAUGGAAAACAGUGGAAAUCUACCGCGCACCUCUACCAUUCCGCGAAGUUGAGUCCCUCUCAGCUCAGCUCGAUUCUAGUCCAUUGCUGUUCCCCUGCCAUUUUCAAGCUAUCUUCCUCGGCUUCAACUCUAAAUCCUCCAUCACCUCCUCCGCCAUAGAUGAUCUUCAAGUCUCCAUAAUCAACCAAAUGACCAAAUUCACUCCACAAACCCCGCAAUGCGGCACAUGCAGUACCAACUACACCGUCUCCGUGGUCGUAGAAUCCGACUCCCAGUGUCUCCAAUCCCAGGGCAGUAAAUCUUCGAGUCCAUGGAAGUGCGGUUCAAUGGCCGCGGUUGAUUUUGACUCUGAUGAUGAUGAUGCUAUUGAUGAUUCGUUGGAGUCGGUGUUUGGAGGCUGGUCGGAGGUCGCAUCUGCUGGGAAGGUUUAUACUGUGGUAUGGGUGCGUAGAGAUGAUGAGGUGCGAGCUGUAGUUGGGAAGUACAGGCACGCCUGGAUUUCCGGCAGGGUAUCGGAGGCUGCGGCGGCGGCGUCGAGGAUGGCGGAGAUUUUUGUUAAGGUGUUUGUUAAUGGUGGAAAGGAAGAAGGAUUGAUUCAUGAGGAGUUUAUGCCUGUUGGUGCUGAUGGUAGGAUUGUUCUUUCCUUCAAUUUGCUAAAUGCUGAACCACGUGAUUGGAUUUAUGACUGGGAUUUUCAGGAUGUAGAUGAGAAUCUGUUGUCCCCUGUCAUUGAGGCAUUGGAGCCAAUAGCCAACAUAACGGUGGAAAGUCAGGUGUUAUACCAUACGCCGAAGUCAUCGUUUUCUUACUGGGAUGACAAGUUGGGUAGUUACAUCUUUAGUACGAAGGAUCUUCCUUUUUUCGUAAAUUCAAAUGAGUGGCACUUGGAUACUUCCAUUGCAGCUGGCGGGAGGUCAAAGAUAUUGCAUUUUGUAGUAUAUAUACCAUCAUCAAAGGAGUGUCCUCUUCUCCUACGGCUUCCAGAUGGAGAGAUUUCCAAAACAAAUGGCUUUAUAUCUCCUAAAUGGGGAGGCAUUAUUGUUUGGAACCCAAAAGGAUGUGGGAAAAAUUCUGGGAUUGAGCAUCCAUUCAGGCAUACAAUUUCACACCAGGAUCUUCAGAAGGUUUUUGAAGUUUUCACGGGGCAGUUUCGGCAGCUUUUUGGUCUUAAAUCUGAUAACGUUUACAUUGGUUCUUCAGGCACAUCCAGCCUUUUAGCCAGUGAAAGAGGCUUCACAGUAUGGGAAUUGGAUGUAUUAUCUCGGCAACACACAUGUUCUAGUCUCCAUUCAUGUGCUACAACCCUUGGAUCUCUCUCCAGAUUGGUUCAGUCACUGCCUAGGAUGAUUAUCAUGGAUGAGAUUGGAAAACAGGUGAAGUUCUCGUUGGAUGAAGCAAAAUUGGCUCAAAUUAAUGCCUCUCUUGGAGUUUAUGAUGCUUCAGCUGUAUCGUCUAGGCAAGCAAGAUCUCUUGCGGAAGAAGCCUUCUUCCACCCAUCUAUCAUGUCCGUGAGCUACUACUCAUUUGAGCACUGUUUUGCUGUCUACUCGCCUUUUUUUCUACCAGUUUCAAUGCAUGUUCUCCUGGCUGCUUUAAGGGAGUGGAGACGAUACAAGCACGAAAAUAGGAAGUACUUGGCAUGGAAGUCUAAAGCAGUAUCGUAAUGGCCUCCAUAAGUCACUUAUCUGCAAUGUUCUUUUAUUUUUAGAAGUAGGUUUUUGUUGUUUUAACUUGUAUCAAUCAAGAUUAUUGUGAAAUUAUAAUGGAAAUAUAGUGUAAUAUACUCAUGAUUUCACUUUCUUCCAUUAUAAUUUGAAAGAUAAUACUAGAAAGAUGAUACUCCUGUUACAUAAUUCUUAUAUUAUUUAAAAAAAAAAAAAUUCAUUCUUUUCCUUA